GACAAGUGGAUGGGGGUUGAGAAAGUUGGGAGAGAGGGAGGCAGAGGGAGUCAGAGAGUACAGCCAGCUCCGACCUUUCACAGCCCUCCGGAAAGGAGGAAAAGCUCUGGCUCCAUAGACCUCAUCAUCAGCAGAGGGACAGAGGAGGAGGAGGCGUGCAGCAGCCCCGGGAACUCUGCACAGACUACCCACAGGCUCAGGGGGGCAUCCCGGGGAGAGAAGGGACCCUGAAUCCAGGCGCUGCGGAUGUUUCUUUGCAGAUCCACAGGGAUGUAUCCGGGCAGGGAGAGGAGGAGAUGCCCUUGGACAUUCUUACUGACUGCCCUGUUGCUGGACCUAAGCCUGGGGGGCUCAAAAACAAGAGGAACGGAGCUGACAGUCGCUGCAGAUUUACAGCCUACCUCGCCGUGGAACGCUUCGAACGACCUCGACAAAGAUAUUUAUUUGAUGCUCGAUGAACCGAUGAAUAAUAUCACAACAUCACUGGGUCAGACAGCAGAGAUGCAUUGCAGAGUUUCGGGGAACCCCUCUCCUACCAUACGAUGGCUAAAAAACGACGCCCCUGUUGUUCAAGAGCCCAGAAGAAUAUCCUUCCGUGCAACUAGUUAUGGCUCCAGACUGCGCAUACGAAACCUGGACACCACCGAUACCGGAUAUUUCCAGUGUGUGGCAACUAAUGGGCGAAAAACCGUCUCCACCACUGGGGUGCUGUUUGUCAAAUUUGGUCCUCCGCCUACAGCAAGUCCAGGAUCCGUGGACGAGUUUGAAGAAGAUGGCUAUUGCCAGCCGUACAGAGGAAUCGCCUGCGCUCGCUUCAUUGGGAACCGCACAAUCUACAUGGAGUCUCUUCACAUGCAGGGAGAGAUAGAGAACCAGAUUACAGCUGCCUUCACCAUGAUCGGUACCUCCAAUCACCUAUCGGAUAAAUGCUCUCAGUUCGCCAUCCCGUCCCUUUGUCACUACGCCUUCCCCUACUGCUCCGAGACAUCCUCGUCUCCCAAACCACGGGACCUGUGCCGCGACGAGUGUGAGAUCCUGGAGAACGUCCUGUGUCAAGCCGAGUACAUCUUUGCCAGAUCCAACCCCAUGAUUUUAAUGAGGUUGAAACUGCCCAACUGUGAGGACCUUCCCCAGCCAGACAGCCCCGAGGCCAGUAACUGUAUACGGAUCGGGAUACCAAUGGCGGAGCCCAUCAAUAAAAAUCAUAAGUGCUAUAACAGCACCGGAGUUGAGUACCGUGGCACGGCAAGUGUCACCAAAUCCGGACGCCAGUGUCAGCCUUGGAAUUCCCAAUAUCCACAUACCCACACAUUCAAUGCCAUGCGUUACCCUGAGCUGAAUGGGGGACAUUCCUAUUGCAGGAACCCCGGGAACCAGAAAGAAGCCCCCUGGUGCUUCACAUUGGAUGAGAACUUUAAACAUGAGGUGUGCGACAUUCCUGCCUGUGACACCCAGGACUCCAAAGAGAAAAACAAAAUGGAGAUUCUCUACAUCCUGGUCCCAAGUGUCGCUAUCCCCUUGGCGAUUGCCUUACUGUUUUUCUUCAUUUGCAUCUGCCGUAAUAACCAGAAGACUUCAUCCCCGGCAGUGCCGCCACAGCCCAAGCAUGUACGAGGGCAGAACGUUGAGAUGUCCAUGCUGAAUGCUUAUAAGCCCAAGACCAAAGCAAAGGAGCUUCCUCUGUCCGCAGUGAGGUUUAUGGAAGAAUUGGGCGAAUGUGUUUUUGGAAAGAUAUAUAAAGGUCAUCUGUACCUUCCCGGGAUGGAUCACGCCCAGCUUGUCGCCAUCAAGACACUAAAGGAUUACAACAAUCCACAGCAGUGGUCAGAGUUUCAGCAGGAGGCUUCUCUCAUGUCCGAGCUACAUCACCCCAAUAUUGUAUGCCUUCUCGGGGUGGUGACUCAAGAGCAGCCAGUGUGUAUGUUGUUUGAAUUCAUGAAUCAAGGAGAUCUACACGAGUUCCUCAUUAUGAGGUCCCCUCAUUCGGAUGUUGGCUGCAGUAGUGACGAGGACGGCACGGUGAAAUCGAGCCUCGAUCAUGGAGACUUCCUUCAUAUUGCCGUUCAGAUUGCAGCUGGGAUGGAGUAUUUGUCCAGUCAUUUCUUUGUCCAUAAAGAUCUUGCUGCCCGGAACAUCUUGGUCGGAGAACAACUUCAUGUCAAAAUUUCUGACCUCGGUCUCUCUAGAGAAAUAUACUCAAGUGACUACUACAGAGUCCAAAACAAUUCUCUUCUUCCCAUUCGAUGGAUGCCUCCAGAGGCUAUAAUGUAUGGAAAGUUUUCCUCCGACUCGGACAUCUGGUCCUACGGGGUGGUACUGUGGGAAAUAUUUAGCUUUGGUCUUCAACCGUUUUAUGGCUUUAGUAACCAAGAAGUCAUAGAUAUGAUCCGGAAGAGGCAGCUGCUGCCGUGCUCUGAGGAUUGCCCUCCCAGGAUGUACAGCCUGAUGACCGAGUGUUGGCAGGAGAUACCAUCUAGGAGGCCAAGGUUCAAGGAUAUACACAUGAGGCUACGGUCAUGGGAAGGACUUUCAAGUCACACAAGCUCAACUACACCGUCGGGGGGUAAUGCUACAACCCAGACAACAUCUCUGAGUGCUAGCCCUGUUAGCAACUUAAGCAAUCAAAGAUAUCCUAAUUUUAUCUUCUCAGCGCAAGGCAUGCCACAGGCCCAAAUAACUGGCUUUAUUGGGCCACCAUUAGCUCAAAACCAGAGGUUUAUACCAAUCAAUGGAUACCCUAUCCCACCAGGAUACGCUGCUUUUCCUGCUGCUCACUAUCAACCCGCAGGGCCACCAAGAGUCAUUCAACAUUGCCCACCGCCAAAAAGCCGCUCGCCAAGCAGUGCAAGCGGAUCGACUAGCACAGGUCACGUGACCAGCCUACCUUCUUCAGGCUCCAACCAAGAUGCAAACAUCCCUUUACUAUCCCAUAUGUCUAUGCAGAGCCAUCCAAGUAGUAUAGGGGUACAGUCCUUUGGAAGCAAAGGUAGCAAAUCCUACAAAAUGGACAUGAAGCAGUCAUCCUUACUAGAAGAUUGUGAUAUCCACGGACAUAACGACUCAAUGAUUUCGGCGGAGUUGUAAAAUUCACAAUGCAUUUGUAUAUACUAUAUGGAGGAAAUAACAUACUGACAUUCAAAAACAAAAAAAGUUUUAUAUAAAAUAUUUUUUAUUGAACUGAUGUAAUUUUAGAUGUUGAACGGACAUUUCCUUCAGUAUCUUCUGUGAAGUUAGAACAUAUACCUAACAGGCGGACAGGUGACCAGUUCGGAAUGUGGCGAUUGUUUGAUGUCAAUUCCAUUUGCCGUAGGCAGACAUAUUAAGCAAUGAAGAUCACUACAGGUCUGGGGGGUCGUCCUUAUCAUGUGGUAUACAUUUUUUCUAAUUAAUUUUGGUCAAUUUUAUAAAAAAAAAAAAGAAAAUAUAUGUGUAUCCGUUAUUCUACCAAAGAUCAAUAAUAUCCUUAGAAAUACACAACACCAGAACAACAUAAAUAUCAAUAUCUGUGAAAGGAACAUACAGUAGUAUAGAUGGGUUGUACGGGAUUCUUUCAUUUUGAUUCUGCAUUAUACAAGAAGCCUUUAUGUCAGGACUUUAUAGAACAGCACAUUUGAAGUUAUUUAUGACUAAGGGGUAUAUUGGAAUGUUGCGCACCUCAUUAAGUGUCACUUCUUGCCCUCUAUGUAUAAUUUGGUAUAGGAAGCUAGGUAUAUCGUCUCUACCUGGGAUUGUAAACUGAUUCCAACUAAAAGAUGGGUUCUACCAACAAGGUGCCUGAUUCCUGUUUGUAAGUAAAGCAAAAAAGCAAGCAACGGGGCAAAACCAAACGCCUCCUUCCUGUCAAUCUCCUUGUGAUCGGCUGUGCGAAUGGAUUCUUAGUUAAAUCCAUCGCUCAGCAACGAUCCGCUUUGUACCCAUAUGACGCUCCUGCGCAUUGCGGUGCAUGCGCAGUUCUGACCUGAUCGCAGUGCUGCAAAAAAAAGCUAGCGAGCGAUCAGGUCUGAAUGACCCCCUAUGUACGGUUUCUCAGUAUAGUAUGUAUUACAGUACCAGUCAAAAGUUUGGACACAUUUUCUCCUUCAAAUGCAGCAAAUGGUCUGGCAUUCCCUGUGGUCAACAGUAUCUGCGCCCAGUGCCUGCACUAUCCCAUUAGGGUCAAUUAUAUAUAUAUAUAUAUAUAUAUAUAUAUAUAUAUAUAUAUAUAUGCAUGCUGUAUAUUUACCACUAGUACAACUUCUGCAAAAUGUAUUCAUUGGGUUAAUGAUCCAUAGGACGCUGCUUUCCCUGUGCAUCCCUAAGUACCUCUGGACAACGUGGUGAGUACUCCUGGGGGUACUAGUGCCCCAGCUUGAUGACCACUGCCCUAUAGGAACCAUGUCAUAUACUGAGUCGGUUAUGGGUAUCACAACAAUCACCGAAAAAUAAAGUUUUUAGUCAUUAGAACUGCACCACCCCACUGCGUCAGACCCACAGGACCAUUAGAGCUGCACCACCCCCACUGCGUCAGACCCACAGGGCCAUCAGAGCUGCACCAACCCACCGCGUCACACCCGCAGGGCCAUUAGAGCUGCACCACCCCACUGCAUCAGACCCACAGGACCAUUAGAGCAGCACCACCCCACUGCGUUACACCCACAGGACCAUCAGAGCAGCACCACCCCACUGCAUUACACCCACAGGGCCAUCAGAGCUGCACCAACCCACCGCGUCACACCCACAGGGCCAUUAGAGCUGCAUCACCCCACUGCAUCAGACCCCCAGGGCCAUUAGAGCUGCACCACCCCACUGCAUCAGACCCACAGGGCCAUUAGAUCUCUACCACCCCACUGCAUCUGACCCACAGGACCAUUGCAGUAUAUUGCAUUUUGUUAAAACCGUUCUAUAACUGUGAAAUUUAGAGGAGUUUCCCACUUUACAUAACCCCUCAACUAAAUACAGUACACUCCCUUCCCAACAUUAGGACUUUGGUGGGGGUUCCAUAGAGAAUAUUCACAAUUAAUUCUCUUUUGGCACAAUCCACUUACCUAUAACCAGGACCUCCACAGAAUACCCUCCUUUACUCAUUAGGACAGGCCUGGCCAACCUGUGGCUCUCCAGAUGUUGUGAAACUACACAUCCCAGCAUGCCCUGCCACAGUUUUAGCAUUCCCUAAUAGCAAAAUUGUGGCAAAGCAUGAUGGGACUUGUAGUUUUACAACAGCUGGAGAGCCACAGGUUGGCCAGGCCUGAAUUAGGAACAUCCACAUAACAAUGUUUUCUAGAGAAAAUGCUAAUUUACUUUUAAAGUUUGCAUUCCGCCGAAUCCAACGAACGCAUCUAUUUCCAUGUCUGUGGUUCCUGGCGGGUAUUUGUUCAGCUGGCAAAUUGGCCGCUUCCACUGUAUGUAGGCAACAGGGCUACUUAAGCUUAGUGUACAGCUGCAGAUAUGACCAGUAGCCUGGGAUAACCUUGUUCCGGUAUUCUUACAUAUUGGUGAGCAGUGCAUUGUGGAGACCCCGUCCAACAUUCAGAUCAUUCAGCUUUUUCGUUGCUGUGCAACUAUAUAAGGGCGAUAUUCUAGAGCACAGGUUCUCAAACUCGGUCCUCAGGACCCCACACGGUGCAUGUCUUGCAGGUCUCCUCACAGAAUCACAAGUGACAUAAUUAGCUCCACCUGCAGACCUUUUAAAAUGUGUCAGUGAUUAAUACACCUGUGCAUCUGCUGGGUUACCUGCAAAACAUGCACUGUGUGGGGUCCUGAGGACCGAGUUUGAGAACCACUGUUCUAGAGUAAAGUCAACAGUCAAGAGGUCAAUAUGAAAAUGGUCAACACAAGUUUUUUGGGUGUCAUUUUGUAUGUUUAACCCUAUGUGAGCACAAUUACUGGAAACAUAUGUCCUUGCCGGCUCGCCAUGCUUCGUUCAAGGUUACUAUUCCCAAUCAUAGUCCGCGUGGAUAGUAAAUCAAUCAAAAGCAGGAAAAACAUGGGAAAACUCCCAAAAUCUUGUGCCGACCAUUGUCACUUCGACCUUUUGAUCAUAUUGACCUUUGUACCUGUCGACCUUAAGCACUGUCUACCUUUACCGGUUGAACUUUUGACCAUGUCAACCUUUCUACCUUGUCGACCUAUAGGACGACCAUAUGGGGUCGACCUAUACAAUGCAACACCAUAAGACAUCUUAAUUAAAAGGUUUCAGUUGAAUAGGUUCUCAGACAUGGUUAUUGAAAUUUAAAAUGUUGGAUCACCAAGUACGAACAAAGCCGCAGAUAACUGAUUUGUUUGUACAUAUGCUCACUCUUUCAGAUUGAGCAGAUUUGGAUAAUUUUGUCCCUGUAUAAAUCAUUACAUGAAAAGGUUGCGUGGGUAAUUAUUAAACUUUAGGAUCAGUGGAUAUCUCCGUAGCCUUCAAACGACCACCGGCUACACCUGGAUGAUGCCUCCCUCGUGUCUUCUGCUAAUUUCUUGUAUGAAUCAUUUUGAACCAUUAAAGUUUAGUAAAUAUAAACUGUUUAUUUUGAAACCACUUCAACAUUUUUCAAAAAGUUUUUUUUUUUAAUUAGUAUUAUUAUAUUAUGCUAUUCACACUGUCAGUCUGUGUAUAUAAAUAAAUAGUUUUGUUUUUGUAAUUGUGGUUGGAGAAGAAAAAAAAACAGUUGCUUCCUAAAUUUACAGUUUUGUAUUAUGAGUUUUUAUGUACAAAUCUUUUGCACAAAAGUGUUAUGUUUUAUACAGCGGAAAUGAAAAUACAUCUCUGCCUUUUA